AUGGACAAGCUCACCCCCGGCGCCUUGCUGAACAUCUUCAAGAACAACGACACGUCGACACCCAUAUACGUGCAGGCGCACCAGGCGAAAACGCUCUCGGAGGGCGCCAACCGCAUCCGUAUGAUGGUGAACGACGGUAAGUGGUUUCUCAACGCCGUCUUCAAGCCCACGGAGCACCAGCAGGUGCUCGAGAACUUCCAGAAGUUCUCGGUCAUCCACGUCACAAACUACUCCAUCUCGGGCGUCAACGGCAAGUACUUCAUUCUCUUGAACCAGUGCGAGGUCGUGGGCUCCCCAGAGCGUGUCGACGCCAACUUCUCCAACCUCGACCACUAUUUGAAGGAGCAUCCAGACGAAAACACUUUCCAGAAGAGCCUAGACUCGGGCAUCGCAGUUAACACCCCGAGCGCAAGUAGCAACGGGAAGGCGGCCGUGCCAGCCAAAUUCAAGGGCCUCACGACAAUCGACCAGUUGUCCCCUUACCACAACUCGUGGGCCAUCAAGGCAAGAGUCAGCUACAAGGGUGACAUGAGAACAUGGUCCAACCAACGUGGCCAGGGCAAGUUGUUCAGCGUCCACUUGCUGGACGAGACCGGAGAGAUCAAGGCCACCGCUUUCAACACCGCUGCUGAAAAGUUCUUUGACAUCUUCCAAGAAAACGGCGUCUACUACGUCACCAAGGCGUCCAUCCAGACAGCAAAAAAGCAGUUUUCCAACCUUGCCAACGACAACGAAAUCAACCUCGAUAAAGAUUCCCUUGUCGAACCCGCCAAUGACGAGUCCGGCGUGCCACAAAUGCAGUUCAACUUCACCAAGCUAGACCAGAUCCAAAAUAUUGAAAACAACACCAUCGUCGACGUCCUCGGUAUAGUGAAGAACGUCGAGGAGAAACGCGAAAUAACCUCUAAAUCAACAGGGAAGCCUUACGAUCGUCGUGAUAUCACCAUCGUGGAUCAGUCCCAGUUUGCCAUCAAUGUCGGAUUGUGGAACAAACUUGCCCGUGAUUUCAAUCUCGAUCCGGGAACCCCCAUUGCCAUCAAAGGCUGCAAAGUCAACGACUUCAACGGCAAACAACUUUCUUUGAUCCCUUCAGCAAUCGUCAUGGCAAAUCCAGACCUGCCCGAUGCUUACAAAUUGAAAGGCUGGUACGACAACGAAGGAGCCUCCGAAUCCUACAAGAGUUUGCGUAAUACAUCCAAUGGCAAUUCCGAUUUGAACUCGAAAGAUAGCAUCCUACAAAGAAUUACAAUUGCCACGGCUAACGAAACCAAGUUGGGGUUCAAUGAAAAGCCAGAUUAUUUCUCCAUGAAAGCGUCUGUCUCAUUUGUUAAACCGGAUAACUUCAGUUAUCCUGCUUGUGCCACGGAAGGUUGCUCCAAAAAGGUCAUUGAACAGAGUGAUGGAACAUGGCGCUGUGAACGUUGCUCGGUCAAUCAUCCAGAGCCCCUCCACAGAUACAUCUUGACCAUCAGUGUUGUCGAUGAAACCGGGCAGAUGUGGCUAAAUUUGUUCAACGAGCAAGGUGAAGCACUUCUUGGAUGUGAUGCAAAAAAGCUUCUCGAAAUGAAAGAAGCUAGCGACGAGAACCUUUUGAAAAACUAUCUAACAGAAAAAGUUCUCUUCAGAGAGUAUGCAUUUAGAGUCCGUGCUCGUCUAGACUCCUACCAAGGUGUGGAUAGAGCUCGUUUCCAAGCUGUCUCCCUAUCGUCUAUAAACCCAUCAACAGAAUCAGAUGCUUUGAUCGAGCAAUUGGACAAGUUAGAAGUGUGA